AUGUCCAACCCCCCACCAACAAACACCGGCCAGGCGCCGGCAGGUGCCACAUAUGGCGGUGGCCAACAACAUCAACAACAACCUCAGUCUGCUGGUGGUGCGCCAACCACGGGGGCUACAGGAGGGACAGGAGCCGCAGGAACGACGUCGACGAGCAAUACGGCACCGACACCUCAGAAUCUUAACCAGAUAGUUACGGACUACUUAAAGAAAAAGGGGUUCACCAAGACCGAAGCCGUUUUCCGUCAAGAGACAGCCCAUCUCGGGCCUGACGGCAGGCCAGCGCAGCGCAACGAGGAGAACGGACCGCGAAAGUACCUAAAAGCAUUCAUCUUGCUCCGAGAUUGGAUCGAGAAUAACUUGGACAUCUACAAAUUCGAGCUCAGGAAGCUGCUGUGGCCUGUCUUUGUUUACUCCUACAUCGACCUCGUGUUCACGGGGUAUGUGGAAGAAGCAAAACACUAUCUUGCGACACUACGACCUCACUUUGAAGCGGUCCAUCGCGAGGCGUUAGACUUGUUCGCGACAGUCACCCUUCCUCAACACAUUCGCGAAAACCAAACCAUCAAACUCUACAAGGAGAACAAGUAUCACGUCCCGCUCAACCAGUCGCUUUCAGCCAACCUCUUCCACUUUCUCGAGCGCGAGGCGGAUGCUGGCGGCUCAACUAUUACCUUCAUCCUUCAAACCUACUGCCGUGUAGACGUCAGCGCAAGGGGGCCAAUCGAACCAUUCAGCUUCGAGGCUAUCUACCGACGAACGCAGAAUCAGGACCUUGAUGAGAUCGAUCAACUCGAGGGCAUUCCUGGUGUUUUCACCGGUGUUACAAAUAGGGACGUUCUCGAUUCAUCGGCACCCCUAAAGCUUGGCCCUCUUCCUAUGGAACCAGAGUUGAGAGAAGACGUACGGGCAGAACUUGAGGACGAGGACCAGCGACAUCCGCCGGCGGAGGGCAGGUCUACACUUGUGGAGGAGUUCGAUCAGCGGAUUAAGCGAGAGGAAAGUGCCGACGCUCCGUCAAGAACAGACCUCCCUCUUCCACCAUCUCGGGCCAGGGACGUCGUAAUAGAAAUGCAAAAGGUUCGGGAAAACCGAGACCGGUUCAAGAUUGAGGGUCGGACGGGUGGUGCGGGCAUUCCUGUUUCGGCCUGCAUGUUUACUUUCCACAACAGCUUGGGGAGCGUUUCAUGUAUGGACUUCUCCAACGAUCACGAGCUCGUGGCUGUCGGUACUAUGGACUCGUACAUUCGCGUUUGGUCUAUGAAUGGGCAGCCGUUGAAAUCUUCUGUCGCAAGCGAGAAGGAUCUACAAGUCAACAACCGGAAGCUGAUCGGGCACUCCGCUCCGGUAUACGGCGUGUCAUUCUCGGAUUCGAUUGCCAACUUGGACCGUAAUGUCUUCCCAGAAGCCGACGGAGCCAAGCCCGACACAAGCACGAAGCUGCUACUAUCAUGCUCGGCCGACGGUCAAAUCCGUCUUUGGUCUCUCGACCACUGGGCAUGCUUAUGCAUUUACAAGGCCCACGAUGGCCCCGUCUUCCGCGUUCUCUGGGGUCCUCACGGCCACUACUUCGCCACUGGCGGCUGGGACAAGACCGUCCGCGUAUUCGCGCAAGACAGAGCCUCUGCGCUACGAAUUAUGGUUGGGCACGAUACGCCCAUCUCGGCAAUCACCUGGCACCCGAACGGAACGUACGUCUUCUCUGCAUCAGAUGAUACCGACAAGUCCAUUCGUAUGUGGUCGAUAGUGACGGGCAACUGCGUGCGCAUCUUCACGGGCCACACAGACUACAUCAGCGCGUUGCAAUGCGCGCCAAACGGAAAGAUCCUCGCCAGUGCCGACACGGGUGGAAACAUCUUCUUCUGGGACAUUGCCAAGGGCGCGCGUAUCAAACGGUGCCGCGGCCACGGCAAGGGCGGAAUCCCGUCACUCAGCUUUAGUGCCGAGUCGAACGUGCUCGUUUCCGGAGGCUUGGAUGGCACGGUGAGGCUCUGGGAUGUGGAGUUGCCGGCCGAUCCCAGCAAGAGCAGCCAGCUUGCUAUCACAAGCAGCGGUGCGGCGGUUGCGGGAGGCGCAUCUGGUCAACAGCCGGAUGGUGCCGCGACUGGCGAUAGCAUUGCCGUGGCAUCUGGCGGAGGUCCCAACGGCAACUCGAUCACCGUGGGCGGCACUGGUGCUUCAGCUACAUCCACUGCGGCCAAUGCCACUGGCAACACUGGCACCGGUAGCGGCGCUGCUAAUGGUGGCAGUGGUGCCGUCACAGGGAAGAAGAAGGGCAAGGAGGUGCAAAUCACGCCUGAUCAAAUUAGCGCCUUUGCAACCAAGAAGACGCCUGUGAUGAAGGUGCAGUUCACUAGAAUGAACCUGGUGGUUGCUGGCGGAUGCUAUGAUCCUGAGCGUUAG